AAAACACAGUCUACUCAGCAACGUAGCACUCCUCGAUCUCCUUCUACUCUCAGCCAAGAGAAAAUACCACUAGCCAGGUCGAUCUCGACUUCAGAUGAAUAGCUCCACUUCCCAGCAGCAGCUCUCCGACUCCAACCUGCAGCAGCAGCCCCUCGACUCCUCCUCCUCCAUCGACAAGCCGGAAUCCUCCUCCUUCUCCGACGCCAGCGUCACCAACCGCCGCUCAGCUCACUCCGACGAGGAAGUCAUUUUGGCUUCCAGCCGGCCCAAGAAGCGCGCCGGGAGGCGAGUGUUCAAGGAGACUCGCCACCCGGUGUACCGCGGCGUGCGGCGGAGGAACAACAACAAAUGGGUGUGCGAGGUGAGGGAGCCAAACAAGAAGACCAGGAUCUGGCUCGGCACGUACCCGACGGCCGAGAUGGCCGCUCGGGCUCAUGACGUGGCGGCAUUGGCGCUUCGCGGGAAGCAAGCGUGCCUGAAUUUCGCGGACUCGGCGUGGCGCUUGCCGGUCCCGGCUUCUAAGGACCAGCUCGACAUUCGCCGAGCCGCCGCCGAGGCUGCUGAGACGUUCCGGCCUCAGGAGUUCGGCGGCGUCUCGAGCAGCUGCGAGGACGAUUACUAUCAGGAAAGUAAUAAUGAAGCGGAUCAGGAAGUCGCCAAGAUAUCAUUAGACUCGGCGGAGAAGAAGAACGAAGGGUUCUACGAGGACGAAGAGGCCGUCUUCGACAUGCCGAGGUUGCUGACUAGCAUGGCGGAGGGUUUACUGCUAUCUCCACCUCGUCAUUACAUGGACAGCAUCAACUGGGGCGACGCCGAUGACGUGGAAAGCGAGCCGAAUUUCAGCCUCUGGAGCUACUCCGUAUGA